AUGGUCAGAAGGAGCGCCAGGCUCGCUGCCAAGCGCGCUCCGCAGCCGCCUGGUCCCGACAGACUUUCGGCCCUCCCUCAAGAAUUGUUUUUGCGUAUAUGCGACUAUCUCAUGAACUAUGAGAGCGAUUCUCUACUGAAGAUGUCCGGUCGCAAACUCCAGUUCAGCCAUGCCAAAGACCUUAGAGCCCUGCACAUUACAUCCAAGCUACUCUUGGAAAAGACAUCCACAUCGAUAUGCAAGUUGGGGUUUCCUAUGACUGAAUCCGGUUUGAAGCCACUCCUCCGCAUGGCUGGAUAUCCGCAUGUUGCCCAUAACAUCAUCCACGUCAAGCUUCUCUCCCCGACUGAGAUGUCGUUUUACUGGCAUCAGACGAAGAACAACUGCAAACGCCUUACAGAUAUCCUCACUGAAUGCUUUGUUCGCCUCAUCAACCUGCGCAAGAUUGAGCUUAGCGGAAUCAAGACUCAGUUUCGGCCUAAUGCGAGCCCUCUGAACGACUCGUCAAAGCACUUCUCAUGGUCAGCAGGCUCUGCUCUAUCGGCGAUACAUGCCACCAGAAUAUGCGUCACGGAUUUGAUUUACGAUGAGGCAGCCGCCGGCACAAUGGCGCCUUCUCCUCCGAAUCCCUUUCCACCCACUUGGCUGUCCACUUUCGAGAACAUUGAGAAAUUCCGCACCGUAGAACACGACUACUCCUUAGCGGGUGGGUUCGCUUACACCGAGCGAAUCCUUCGUGCAAUGCCGAAGUUGAAGGAGCUCACAAUCACCCCUAUGGCUCCCAAAUUACAGCGUCAAGGAGACGGGCGCAACUACUUCAAGCCUGCCUCGGGAGGUUGGGUGAGAACCGUUCUCUAUUUCAGCUACAACUGGCGUCUCACAUCCUUCCACGCUAGCAACUUCACGGUGAAGAGCGUCGGCGUCUUGGGGAAUUUUCUCCACACACACUCACCCACGCUGCGAGACCUGAGCCUCAGUGAGGUGAUGGUGUUAGAUUCCGAGCGUACUCUCUUGGGAUGUCAGAUCAUUGCGAAAAGGAUCUGGACCGAAAUCUUCCAGAUCAUUCUGGACGAGAUGAAUCUAACAAGGGGGAAGUUUCACGACUUGCUCUAUUGGCGUCAUGGGCACCCAGGCAAACGGCUGUCUGUGGCCAUGUCCUGGGACCAGAGCAAUGGGCUGGAGCUCGACGUAUAUGGCCGCAAGUUCGAGGACAUUGCCAGGCUUAGGGGUGUGAUGCGUGCGUUGGCGGACUGGAAGGAUGGAAUGGUUAUGGUUGUGGUUUCGUGA